UAUAGUAAGCCGAAAAUAAAAAUUAUGGUAAAAAGAAUAAUGGCUAUAAUAUUUAUACCAGAAAUAUUAUGUGAAUUUUCAUAUAGUGGUCGUGGUAACAAAAAACGACCAUUUGAGAAAUUGCUUGUAAAUAAAAUUAUUUUUGAAUCUGUCCUUACAAUCAAAAAAUUUGCCACGGCUGAUAACGCAGCUAAUGAAAUUGAACAGGUUAUUAAGUGCGUUCUUAUUCAAACUCCAUUUAAAAUUAAAGAUAGAUUUGUAUCACAGUUGAAAAUGGCAAGAAACUUAUUGAAUUUGAGAUUUCUGGCUGGAAUAUUAAGGAUGUUGACGCCGGAAGCGCCUAUCGUGGAAAUGUGGCGAGGCGCCCAAGUCAAUUUGAGACAGUCCUUUACUCCUUUGUAA